ACUCCCAUUGCCUUGUGCAGCCCCUUCUCUGCGCUCGAGUCAAGACUCUAUCCGGAAACUUUUGCCGAUACAGUCACAUCCAAUCAAGCCCUGGACUAAAAGCACUUUGAGCCGGUCACCAAGGAAGGCGAACAGGAUCUCUCCACUUGGUGCGUUGUCGACUUGCCUCGCCUUUCAGAGGCUGAACAAAGUGGCAGUCCCGAUGAGGAUGAUCAGGACUGCGACGAGCUCUAUAUCUUUCAAUCCACUCACAAUGAGAACUCUGAAACCAUUGGGGUCUCUUUUAUCACACCCUUGCAUCUGUCCCUGUCAAGCGACGGAUUCACCAACAUCAGCAAGCAAACCUCAGCAGGGUGACUCUCUGCCAAAAUCCACAUCGGCCACGAAAGCUUACGAGACUGAGAAAUCCACAGACAAGUCGGAAAUAAACCCGCCCGAGAAGAGAAUGGAGACGUCGUCGCCGGAUAUUAUGAACGUUAAUCACCAUGACGAGGCAGUCUACAUGUCCAUGACUGAGCACGAACUGUUAAAGUCUACCAAGGCUACCAAAAUCAAGAACAUCCGUGUAGCUACUCAGUACAGCCGUGAUCUCGCCAGGGCCCUGGGCUACCUGACAGAGGACAUGGAGAGAGUUGACAUGAAGACGAUUCGGGCGAGGUCCAGGAAGGACAGGACAAGGAGUAGGGCUUACAAGGGGAAGCUUCAUCCCACCGACUUUUAAUCGGCACUUCUCUGUAGUGCGCCAGGCACUUUUUAUC